AUGGCGAAUAAGUUUGGAUUAGGUUCUUUAUCUUUAGAAACCAAAAAACCUAACACUACAGCGUGGAUAAAUAAAGCGAAACCUUACUUCCUGGAUCAAAUCGGAGAUACUCUUCAAGGUGAUUUAGAUAUGAACAAUUUUAGCAUAACUAAUUUAAAGUCUCCGGAAAACGAUAAUGAUGCCAUUCACAAGAAAUAUUUAAUGGAACAAUUAAAUUUAAUUGAAGUAAAUAAAAACCAUUUAAAAGAAAGAAUAGGCGAUGUGAAAAGAUUCUUCAAACGUCAACUAAAUAAUAAACAUUUUAUUGAUGAUACUAAAUUACAAAAAGAAGUAACAAGUUUAAAAAAGUUUAUUCAACAACAAUUAGUCAAUGCAGUAGAUAAAACUCAAUUACAAAAUUUAAGUUCAUUAAUAUCUAAUUUAGAUGAUAAGAUUACAAAGCAAAAAAUAGAUCUUAAACAACUAAUAGCCAAUAUUAAUCCAGAUAACCUAGUUUUAAAACAGGAUAAAAAUAUACUAGCAUUAGAAAAAAAGUUUCUCAAGAAAGAAUCAUAUUAUUUUACUCUUCCAUUUAGAAGUUUGAGUUUUGAAGAUGCUUCUAUUACUGAUAAUACUGAUAAAUCAAAAGACUUUGAAUAUAAAAAAUAUGGAUUUACAGCAAAUAUAAGAGUAUAUUCUGUUCCAAAUUAUACUAUUUAUCCCAAAACAAUUUUUGAACCAGAUGAUGUUGGACAUCAUCAACCAAUGUAUUUUAGAUUUCGAGGAAAACUUACAAUUGAAAUAACUUUUCCUUUUCAGGUAAAAGUUGAUUCAAUAUUCUUAAGACAAAACCCAGGAUUUUCAUCUAAACCUCAAUUUAACGUUCUUCAGUUUAUCAAUGGUACAACAAAUGUAGAAACUAAAGAAUUAGAAAUUAACGAUGAAAACACCCAGAGACGUCACUUAUAUGAAAUUAAAACGAGUGGAAAAUAUAUAGAUAGGUUUAGAAUGUUAAUCAUACCAGAUAAUGAAGAAGAUGUACUUUCAUUGAAUGAUUUUAAUAUGUUAUUGGAAACGGAAACUCCACCAUCAGCAAGUAUUAUUAGAAAUCCAGAACCACAAAAAGAACUAAUCAAUUAUCAGUUUUUACGAGCAACAGACUUUGAAUACGUAAAACUAUAUUUUGUUGAUGAUAAUGAUAUAUUUAUCUCACUCGAUAUUCAUAAAAGUCAAUAA